AAAGAUUAUAUUUUUUUUAGAGUCGAAUUAUUGAAUCUUGUACAACCCAUAUAAAUACGCACACACAUUACCUUCACCUUCAACCAUAUAUACAAAUAUCAAUUUCUUCCAUUGUAUUUCGCUCUAUACUUGAACCAAACAAUGACGGCCAGGAUUUGGGAAUCCCAAGAGGAAGCCGGUGAGAAAGCUGCGGCGGAGGAGCGACCGAGCACCGUGGGCGACGAGGAAGAAGAUGAGAAAAGUGCAGUUAAGACCCAUGCAGAUGAUCGAACCACCGGCUCUUUUCUUCAUGCAGUCAUCAACAUGGUUGGAAUGCUCAUUGGUUUGGGACAACUAUCAACUCCCUAUGCCUUGGAAAAUGGAGGAUGGGCAUCAACAUUCCUCCUAGUAGGGCUUGGAGCAGUGUGUGCCUACAGUUCUUGCCUUCUGGGGAAAUGCAUGCACAAGAACCCUAAAUCAAGAGACUACAAAGACAUAGGAAAUGAGGCAUUUGGUUCAAAGGGAAGAAUCAUAGCUACUACUUUCAUCUACCUAGAGAUUUUCAUGGCCCUUGUCUCCUACACCAUCUCACUCCACGACAACCUCGCCAACGUCUUCGCCACCUUCACUUUGAACUCGCCUCAUCUAUCCGCGUCUCAGCUGCUGGCGCUCAUAGCCGUCCUCGUUGCCCUUCCGAGCCUGUGGCUAAGGGAUCUUUCCUCAAUCUCCUUCCUCUCGACCGCUGGCAUCCUCCUGUCUCUCGUCAUCUUCUCCACUGUGGCCUACACCGCCAUCUCUGGAGCCGUUGAAGCUCACCGUUACAUUCCAGUCCUGCACCUCAACAAAAUUCCUGCAAUUUCGGGGCUCUAUAUCUUCAGUUUUGCUGGUCAUAUAGUCUUCCCCAAUCUAUACAAUUCCAUGAAAGAUCCUUCCAAAUUCACCAAGGUAUCCAUUGUGAGCUUCUCAAUGGUGACAGUGCUGUACACAACAUUAGGAUUCAUGGGAGCCAAGAUGUUUGGCCCUCAAGUGAAUUCACAAAUCACUCUGAGCAUGCCUCACAAUCUCAUCGUCACAAAGAUCGCUCUGUGGGCGACAGUGCUCACGCCCAUGACAAAAUACGCGCUUGAAUUCGCGCCUUUUGCCAUGCAGCUCGAACAAAGCCUUCCCCCCUCGAUCAAAUCAAGAACACGGAUGAUCAUACGGGGGACAGUGGGCUCGAUUCUACUGCUCAUCAUACUCGUGCUCGCCCUCUCCGUGCCAUACUUCGAGCACGUUCUCAGCCUCACGGGCUCCCUAGUCAGUGUCGGAAUUUGCGUAAUCUUUCCAUGUGCUUUCUACACCAAGAUAUUCUGGAGACAAAUUUCGACACCUCUGCUGCUGCUCAAUCUCAUUCUCAUAACAUUUGGUGUGAUUUUGGGAGCAUUCGGAACCUUUUCAUCUUCAAGAUCUCUCAUCAGAAGUUUACAGAGAGGGCAUACAUCCUAAUCGCGCGCGCACACACACAUGGAUGGAUAUAUGUGUGUUUUUCUUGGAUUUUAUAUAAGAGCUGUAGCUUCUCUUAUGUUCAACCCUUAAAUAAAGAUUGAAUGUAAUGAGGAAAUAUGUAUCAAGUACACAAACAAAACAAAUGAAUAGUUGCAAGAAAUUAAUUCUGUAUUA